AUGAAUGGCCUAAGGAAAAUAGAGGAAAUUCCUAGGAAAAAUCAUAUCUCUAAAACGAGGGAAAUUUCCCUCGAAAGUCGUCCAUCCGACGACGCGUCACUUGCGGAGAAAUGAAAAUGGGGCGUUUCGCAUGUGAAAAUAUACAAUCUCUCCUUUCUUUGGGUGAGAUCCUGCGCGUAGUCUCCAACUUCAAAACAAUGCUUCUCAAUACUUUUACUUCAUAUUGUUUGUUUGACUUGAUGGGUUUUAUUUUCCUUUUGGAUGGACAGAAAAUAUGGCGAAGCUUAUAGUACCGUUGCACAUUAAUGGCUGACUUCUCCUGUUUCCGUGUUGAUGGGGAAAAUUUUGUCAAGAUGUCGAUGUCGUGUGCAAAAAAUACAAAAACAAAAACAUCGAAAAAUUUUGCAAACAUUGAGAAAGUUCCGAUCCGACUCAUUCGACCGAUUUAUUUUAUACAGGAAAAGGAAUCGGAUUUUUUUCCCAACUUUCAAUAUUUGGAGAGUUUCCUUUCAGUCGGUUGGUUGGAGUAUACACGAUUAUCCUUUUUGCAAAGAAAUCCGUCGGGAGUGCAUUUUGGAAUAUUAAUAAAAAUUGUAUCUUAAUUCCGGUGACAAGUGACAGAAGUGUUAUACUUGAAUUGAUUUUCGUUUUUCUCUUUAAAUACACAAAAGGAUUUCUUAAGGAUGCUCGAGGAUCAACAUCAUGUCCCGAUUUCCAUGUUUCCAUUGGAUAUGAAAUGCCAUCAACAACAGCAGCAACAACAGCAACAACAUCCCCAUCAUUGUCAACAACCGAUUGUAUCCGGCCUUGGACCUGGACCCGGAGUGGCGGUAUCAUCAUCAGCAUCAGGAACAGCAACAUUAUCUUCAUCGUCCCUGCCACCACCACAAUCAAUGACAACCGGAAACGACAGAAUGUUAACAAGUGCAAUCAUUCAACCGACAAUAACCGAAGCUAUGUCAGAUGUUGGUGGUGUCCUCGAAAACAGGACAACCAACCACAAUAACAAUGCCACCAACAACAGCAACAAUAACAACAACAACAGCAGUGGCAGUGGCAACAGUAACAAUGUCACCGAUAACAAUAUCAAUGGCAAUCAUAAAACUAAUAGUGUUGGCAACCAACAACAACAACACCACCAUCAACAUCACCAUCAUCCCAACGCCCACCCACACCCCCAACAUCAGCAGCAUCCUCCAGCGCCUUCCCUCCAUCACCACCAGUCCAGGACGAUUCUAAGUGAUUGCAGCAGUUCCUUGUGCAGCAUGCAAAAUUGUGGCCCAUCACAAUUGCAUAACAACCCACAUCACCAUUCCCACUCGCAUUCACAUUACCUGCAGCAUCAUCAUCAAUCCUCGGCAUCAGCAGCAGCGGCGGCGGCAGCAGCAGCGUUACAUCAACAGCAAUCGUUAUCUUCGGUCCUCGCGGCUGCGGCCGCUGCAGCGGCUGUUUCAGCUGCUGCUUCAGUUACUACCGCAUCCACAUCGUCACUGGGCUCCUCGGUGUCCUUGCAAUGUGGCUACUGUUGUCAGCAAAUAUGUGAUCGAUAUAUAAUGCGUGUGGUGGACACAUCAUACCAUGAGGGAUGCCUCAAGUGCACUACGUGCUCCAUAAACUUGGUGCAUUCGUGCUUUAUUCGCGAUGGCAAACUCUACUGUCGGAUUGACUAUGAGAGACUCUUUAUACGAAAUCGUUGCCUUGGAUGCGGACACAAGAUUGGCUCUGAUGAGCUUGUGAUGAGAGCACUCGAAAACGUUUUCCAUUUAAAAUGUUUUGCCUGCGUUGUUUGUGGUGUACUGUUAAAAAAGGGCGAACAAUAUGUGGUAAAACAGGGACAACUCUUCUGUCGAUUUGAUUAUGAGAAGGAAGUGGAAAUGCUCCAAGGAUACGAGGAUUUCUAUGGUGAUGAAUUGUUUCCACCAAAAUUAGAUGGCAGACGAGGACCGAAACGACCAAGAACAAUUUUAAAUACCCAACAACGAAGAGCAUUUAAGGCAUCAUUUGAAGUCUCCCCGAAACCAUGUCGUAAGGUUAGAGAAAACCUUGCAAAGGACACUGGGUUGAGUCUGAGAAUUGUUCAGGUCUGGUUUCAGAAUCAACGAGCUAAAGUGAAGAAAAUUCAGAAGAAGGCUAAGCAAGAGCAGAAAGGUGCUAGUGAGACGGAUUCACAAGAAUCGGAUAGUAGUUUGGCGAAGGUUAAAGAUGAAGCACAUAGUGACAGUGAGUCCCUGGAAUCGCCGUUUUCAUUGGGGGAAAAGUCACGAUUGAUCAAAGACGAAAUUCAAAAUGAAAAUACACCAUUUAAUUGCACGGAGACGAACAAAGAAAAUUGCAACAAAACAAACGAACCCAUCCUCAACACAAUUCUUGGACUAAGUUAUGCCACAUUCCAGCAGCUUAUUGGUCCAUUCAACCAACCACCGAUGAUCAAUCCAAUUGACCGAUUGUACAGUAUGCAGAAUUCCUAUUUUCGUCCUGAAGAUAUAAAUUUUAAUGAAUGCAAGGAUCCUGAAGAAAAUUAAACAUCCACCCUAAUUAAUUGUAAUCUGUUUAGUAAAAUAAAAUAACAAAACAAAAAA